GCCGCCGCCACCGCCGGAAGCGCCGAGUGCCCGCCGCCGCCGCUCGUCAUGGCGUCAAGGUUACUGCGGGUGUGCGCGGCAUUGCGGCUGCCGCCCGCGCCGCCCGCCCGCGUCCUGCCGGCCCGACACCUCGCCGUGCCCGGCGGCCUGGCCAGCGACGAGGAGCAGGCGACGGGGCUGGAGCGGAAGGUGCUAGAGGCCAUGAACAAGGGCCUGGACCCCUACAGCAUGUUCCGGCCCAAACGCUACGCGGGGACCAAGGAGGAUCCCAACUUGGUGCCCUCCAUCCAUGACAAGCGCAUCGUGGGCUGCGUCUGUGAAGAGGACAACAGCUGCGUCAUCUGGUUCUGGCUGCACAAGGGGGAGGCACAGCGGUGCCCCUCCUGCGGCGCCCACUACAAGCUGAUCCCCCACGAGCUGCCUCACUGAGGCCGCCGCUCGCCGGGGCCCAGUGGAGCCGCUGCGGCGCCCUUCCCUUUGCCCCCUUCCCUCCGUCUUGUUCUUAAAUAAAUAAAGAGUUGUUGUGUGGAAA